AAGGCUAAAGAUUUCCGAAUUCUCUAGACACGUAGAGGCUACCUAGAGGCUACCUAGGAAGACCGAGACAAACAGACAGACAGACGUCAGAGGCCUCCCCCAUUGGCAGUCAGUCGGUAGGUAGGUACUUGCACCACCCCGCACACGUCAUCCAUCUUGCUUGUUGGGUACCUAGGUAGGUACAUAGUACCUACAUAGUACCUACUACCUACCUAUAUACCGUAGUAGCUUCUUCUACCUGGACAUGUAACGGUUUCACGCCAAAACAACAAAACUCACCAACUAAGAACCCUCUCUCCCUCUCUACAUUGUCUCUCCCAUAUUCCUUCAUCAUCCAUCAAUCCAUCCAUCUAUCCUCGAAAUUCAUAUCUCCGCUCGAGAAGUUCCAUCCAGAUCCGACCUUCCACAAUGGACAAGCUACAAGGUUUCCUGAAUGCUGCUUCUGGCAACGCUACCCACGGAGGUGCCUACCCAGCAGGCGGCCAUCGCGCAGAUGACGACGACUGGAGAGGCGCGGCAGACCACGCGAGCCAACAUGCCGGCGACUCUGGGAAUGCCGACUUGUUCUCCAACCUCCUCGGCAGCCUGGGGCAGAAGAAGCAGCGUCUAGCUGAAGAGGACAUUGACGAAGAUGAGGCCGUUCGAACUCAUAAAAAAUACUUUCAGGAUGACGACGACAACGACGCCGACGACCGAUCGAUGGGCUCUGCCGCAGCAAUGCAGGCGUUGAAGAUGUUCACUAGUGGGCAGACCGGGAACACCGACAAAACCAGCAGCCAGGGCGCGUUUGUCGCUCUAGCCAUGGCUGAAGCUAGCAAGCUCUUCGACAAGAAGGCUUCGCAGGGUAAGGUCUCUGGCGAUAGCAGCAAGGAGUCGGCGGUCAUGCAGGCGGGCGAGAUGGCACUUAAGAUGUACAUGAAGAGCCAGGGAGGCUCGUCCUCGUCCUCGUCUAGUGGCUCCGGUCUGUUAGGGUUGGCUUCUAAGUUCAUGUAGCUAGCAUCGAAGAUGACCAAGUACAUAGUUGAAUUCGGCGCGAUUGAUGAACAGACCAUAUACUUGAGAUUAUACACGGGAAUAGUUCGUGGCCGUCUUGAUUCAGCUCUGUUGGUGUAUGGGUUGUAUAGUUGGCUGGACCUCGGUUACAACACGAUGUGUUGGCGGAAAUGGAGUCCUCAUAGAGACCCCGAAGCCCAGGCAAUCAGAAUACAUAUAU